AUGGGCGUCCGAGACUCCGGCGAGGUGACGGGGACGCCCGACCCUGUCGAGCGAGGUAUCGCCACUAUCAACACCAUCACCCUCGGUGUGAAGGCCAUGGUGCAGAAGGAUGGCGAACUUCGGAAAGCUGAGGUUCUGUCAAUUCGAGAACGCAAGGGUGGACUUUCUUUCUAUGUCCAUUAUGUCGAUUUCAACAAACGUCUUGAUGAAUGGGUUCCGGCUGCACGAAUCGACCUUACCCAAGAGGUAGAAUGGCCAAGGCCUGAAAAACCGGACAAGAAAAAGAGCACCGCCAUCACCAAAGCUCCCAGCAAGAAUGUCCAGAAACAGCAGCGCGCCGACAGCCGCGAGGUAUCAGGAACUCCAGAUGCCUUUGGCAGCAAGAACCAGAACGUCGCCAAGGCUCCCCGGCCCUCGAAGGCUGGAGGUAAAGAGAACCGGGAUACAUCCGAUGUCUCGAUGGCCGGGUCCGAAGCAGUAUCAGCCGCCGGGACACCGAAAGUCAUGGACGCGGAAGAUCUUGAAAUGACAGACACUCCACUUAAGGACGAAGUCAAAACUGCAUCUGGUGAAUUGAUCACCCGCGAAGAGGAGAUUGAGCGGUUGCGUACCGGUGGCAGUAUGACCCAGAACCCAACUGAGGUCCACCGCGUGCGAAACUUGACCAAGCUCCAAAUGGGCAAGCACGAUAUCGAGCCGUGGUAUUUCUCACCGUAUCCAGAUUCAUUCUCCGAUGUCGAUCUAGUCUAUAUCGACGAGUUUUGUCUCAGCUACUUCGACAACUACCGCGCCUUUGAGCGACACCGUGCCAAAUGCACGAUGGUCCACCCGCCCGGCAACGAAAUCUACCGCGACGAAAACAUUUCUUUCUUCGAGGUUGACGGCCGUCGCCAGCGCACGUGGUGUCGAAAUCUGUGUCUUCUUAGCAAGCUCUUCCUGGAUCACAAGACGCUCUACUACGACGUCGACCCCUUCCUGUUUUACUGCAUGUGCACUCGCGACGAUACGGGAUGCCAUCUCGUCGGCUACUUUUCCAAAGAAAAGGACUCUGCCGAAGGCUACAACUUGGCUUGUAUCACGACCUUCCCGCAGUUCCAGCGUGCGGGUUAUGGUCGUCUGUUGAUCGCUAUGAGCUACGAGCUUAGCAAGCGCGAGGGCAAACUGGGUUCUCCCGAGAAGCCGCUUAGUGACUUGGGUUUGCUUAGUUAUCGUCGCUACUGGCGAGAGACCCUUGUCGAGCUUUUAGCGGAGCCGGGUCGUGAGGCCAUGAGCGAGAAUGAACUUGCUCUUCUUACGUCUAUGACUGAGAAGGAUAUUCAUGAGACGUUGUUGGUGAACAACAUGCUCCGAUAUCAUAAAGGAAACUGGGUCAUCGUUCUCACCGAGCAAGUCCUCGAUGAACACACCAAACGCCUUGAAAAAGAGAAGAUCAAGGGUGCCAGAAGGAUCGACCCUGUUCGUCUCCAGUGGAAACCCCCGUCUUCACCGCGUCCAGCCGCACCUGGAACUGGUAGUGGGACAUAUUAUGUGUUAUCCCUUCCUAUUACCCUCAACUUGACUCGUGGGAGUUGCAUCCAAAGCAUAACAUCUGUGGAC